AUGUAUCUGCUUCCCACACUCGCUGGCGCCAUCUCCUUGGCAGCCACUCUCCCCAUAAGCUUCGCUAUUCCAACCGAGAUCCAUUCCCGCCAUGCCUCAACUUCCACACUCAUGAGCCACCAGAUACCUGUACAAGACGACGGCUCCGUCUCUGGGUGGGUCGAAGAGCCAGCACUUCGCGGCACCUGGAAGAUCGUGUGGACGUGCCUUGCCACGACCUUCCUGUGCGUGUGGACGCUGCUCUGCCUCAACGUCCCGGCGCCCACCGACACGUGGUUCAUCCUGUUCCGUCGACGUCUGCUCUGGAUGAUCCUGGCCAUUCUGGGUCCCGAGAUUGUGCUCACAUACGCUGCUGGCCAGUGGUCUCGGGCUCGACACUCGCUCGCUGCCUUUCGAAACUCGGGUUACGAAGGAUGGACAAUGCGACUGGCCUUUUUCGCCGACAUGGGCGGCUUCGUGCUCGAGACGGCGCCAGACCCAGACGACAACAAUUCCAGCAUCUCGUUCCCCCUCAACGCAAAGCAAUUGCACUGGCUCGUGGUCAACAAGCACGUCUCCUACCCCUUGACGACUUCAGAAGAGGUCAACGACAAGUCCAAGCAAGACCGCCUCGCCAAGCUCAUCACCUCGAUCCAGAUAGGCUACCUCGUGGUGGAGUGCAUCGCACGCGCGGCGCAGGGCCUCGUCCUGACGACGCUGGAGCUCAACACGCUCGCCAUCGUCGUCUGCUCGCUCAUGACCUCCUACACGUGGCUGCACAAGCCCGUCGACGUCCGGCACCCGAUACGGCUGUGUUCCCCGAACACACUGGCCGAGAUCACGGGCCGUCGACCGUGGGACACGACGCCGCUAGACUUUGUCGACGAGAACGGGCCCGGCUGGGCCCUCAACGUCCAACCCUUUAUGCGCAUGCCCGUCCUGCCCGCCGAGAGGCCCCUGCAGCGGAUACCAAACGACCGCUUCCCCAUGGACCCCUACGGCUCCCAAGAGUACCUGCUCUGCCUCGCGACCCUGGUGUUUACGGGGCUGCACCUCGCCGCUUGGGAUUUCGAGUUUCCGUCUCGCGCCGAGCAGAUCCUCUGGCGUGUCUCGAGCCUCGUCCUCUUCCUCGUAACAGCCGCCUUUUGGGUCGCCGAGACGGCCGCUUCGUGGGCGCGGCUUGGGCGAUGGCGUCGCCUGUAUCUUCUGAUGGUUAAUCCACAGAAGCUGGCUAUGCUUGAUUUGCAGAACAGCAGGGAGGGGGAGGAGAAAGCCACGCCGGCGCCGAGAAAGGCCAUCGAGCUGCCACUUGCAUGGGAAUUCUGGACGAUCGCACCGAUAGCAUUUUUAUAUGGGGUUGCCAGGUUGUAUCAAGUACUCGAAGGGUUUCUGCAGUUGAGGCAUGUCGACGCAACUGUGUUUGUGCACAUUACUUGGUCAAUGUAUUUCCCACACCUUUAA